CCCAUUCCCCAUCAAUCCCCGAAAGAGCGCGAAGUUUAUUGAAAAAGCGCGCGAUAGGAUUGUUACUUUUAUUCUGCAUUUCUGCGUCUAGCACAGCAGCGGAGAGAGCAGCCAAAUCAAAAAGUGUAUAUAAGUAUACUCGGUAGAAUCUAAAAUACAACGUAAAACUCGUAAAAGCUUCGACAUUUAUAUAUUGUGUACACGUAAAGCAGUCACGAAGUUUAUAACGGAUACAAUAACAAUCAUUAUAAUUUAACAAGAGUAAGGUUGUGAAGUAAGCAGAGCUUUUGUUUUUCACUUUUGUGUUCUUUCUUACUUGUACAUGUAACAACCUUUAACGAGUUGUAUGUAAAUAUUAUCCACUGUAAAUAUAGAACAAAUAGAAAGUGGAAGUGAACAAGUGUUCAAUAAGUACACCUUGUUUAGAGAUUACUUACGGAAUAGUAGGCUUUUUACUUGCGAGUAACAGUUGAGGGAGGUUGUAAUUCGAAUCGUUAUCUGCUGUACAGUCGAGUGAAAACACACAAACUUCAAACAUGUCUAUUGCGAUGAGUGAAAAAGCCUUUUCAACUUUGGACGAAGAAGAGGAUGCCUUGUUAAACGAAGCGAUCAGCUGCAGCAGAAACUUGGACGUCAAGACAGUCGAUGACGAAGAAGAGAAGAAAAAACAGGUAUCCUCAAAAGUAAACAGCAAGCUAUGGUGCGAAAUGACCUCCGACUCCAGCUCAAGCAUGUCAGAUCUCUCCACAUCUAAUGGCAAAAUUGAUUUGUCUAUAUCUGGCGAUAAUGGUAGCUCAUCAGCCAAUGGCCAGGUUUGCGAUAAGCUCAAGGUUUUGGAUCAAAUAAACUCGAGCAAAAUUGGUGAACUUAGCAUUAUGAUCAAGCCUGAUGAAGCUAAGCUUAUUGAGGGCGAGUCGGCGUCUGUUAUGAUCAAAUCUGAAGAAAAUGAAACAAUCGACAGCAAUGCGGCAGAAUCAAAUGGUAGAAACUGUAAAAGAGUAUAUGAAGGAGAAAAUAAUGACUAUCAAAAAGUUCCUAAAAAUAGGCGAAACAGCACGUCGAGCUCUAGUACGUUAUCCAGUACUGAUCGCGCCAAGAAAUCUGUAAAAUAUGAGACUGAUCCAGUAGUAUUAGCUCGCAGACAAAAAGAUAUCGAUUAUGGCAAGAAUACCAUAGGGUACGAUAGAUAUACAAAGGAAGUCGCAGUUUUCGAUCGAGCCAAAGAGCAUCCUAAAACUCCUCCUAUGCAUUUAAAAUGCAGUAGGCGAGCCUGGGAUGGUAUGAUCAAACUUUGGCGCAAACAGCUUCAUUUUUGGGAUCCACAAGAUCCAACAGAAGAAAAAGCCAAAAAUGCCGAGGCAUAGCAAUAUCAUAUAAUUUACUCUUUAAGUUAAUUGUGCCGAAGAAUUCAUUAAAAAAUUGAUAUAAAAAAAAAAUCUUCCCAAAUUAUCCACAUACAGUUUCAUAUCGUUCGCCACCGAAUCAUUUUCACUGAUGACAAAGGACUCCAAAAGUUUUUU